AUGUCGCUAGUCUCAGGACCUGGUCGAGGUGGCGGACAGAAGCUGCCUGAUGAGUUGACGUUGGUGGUCGACAAACAUGUCCGAUACAUCCAAACGCUCGAUACUCGAAAAGAUGAAAUCCAGUACUGGCUCACUGAACACCUCCGACUGAAUGGUGUCUACUGGGGCUUGAUAGCAUUACAUCUGUUGGGUCAUCCGGACGCGCUGCCUCGUGAGGACACGAUCAAAUUUGUCCUGUCAUGCCAGAACACUGAUGGCGGCUUCGGCGCCGCUCCAAAGCACGACUCACACAUGCUCUAUACCACCAGCGCCGUGCAAAUAUUAGCCACCGUUGGCGCUCUGGACUCGCUGGACAGCUCUGGCGGCCGUAUCAGGGUUGGCAACUUCAUCGCACAGCUCCAACAUGAGUCGGGUACAUUUGCGGGCGAUCGAUGGGGCGAGAAGGAUACUCGUUUCUUGCACUGCGCCUUCAUCGCGCUCUCGAUCUUGGACCUCAUGCAUCUGGUGGACGUAGCAAAAGCAGUCGACCAUAUUCAGCUUUGCAGCAAUCUCGACGGAGCCUUCGGUACCUCUCCUGGAGCAGAAUCACACUCUGGGCAAGUGUUCACCUGUGUCGGGGCACUUUCAAUAGCACGCAGACUUGACUUAGUGAACUUUGACCGGCUUGGAGCAUGGCUCAGUGAGCGACAACUGCCAAACGGUGGACUGAAUGGCCGGCCUGAGAAGUUGGAAGACGUGUGUUACAGUUGGUGGGUGUUAAGCAGUCUGGCUAUGAUCAAACGGCUGCACUGGAUUGAUGGUGCCAAGCUCAGCAAUUUCAUUCUCCGGUGUCAAGAUUCUGAUCACGGUGGCAUGUCCGAUCGACCUGGUGACAUGGUUGAUGUGUUUCAUACCGUCUUUGGGGUGGCUGGCUUGAGUCUUCUUGGACAUCCUGGGUUGGUCUCGGUAGAUCCUGUCUAG